AUGUCCAUCGAGUCAUCUGAAAGUGAGUUUGCGUCUUUCUUAGUAUCUGGGUCAGUUCGGAUUAGUCCACCAGUUUGUUCCUUGGUCAAUUUAUUUCAACUUUGGUUAUUUGUUCCAUUAAAUCGCGCCCCGACCAAUUAUCAUUAAACUUCCUCCCCUACCCUACCGCCGUGGUCGUUAAACCGAAUGUCGCAAAUGCCAGAAUUAGCCCCGCAUCACAACUAUUAUUUGAUUCUAGUGCACUGAUCGCUCACAUUCUUAUCAGCCACAAAACUGCCAACUGCGGCCACCCCGCCCCACCUUAUGGGGUGUAUCGGUGUUGGUCUUCACGCGUGUUGACAUUUACGCAUAUAUCGAAGAUACACGUAAUAAUUUUGUAUUCGAAAGUUCACACUACUCCGAGCCGUCGACGCUUUGGUGGGCAAGAGGGGGAGAGAUGCGUCUCUGAAUGUGCAAACAUUAUAUUUGUAUAAGAAGAAGAAGAUGCGAGGUAGAAGGCAAAAAGAAGGAGGGCAAAGAGAAAACAAUCUGUUUGUGAUGGUGUGUACGUGUCCGACCGUCGGAGGGGCCUUUCCCUCUUUCUUCUUCUCUCUCUCUCUCUCUUUCCUUCUGCGCUGCGACGACUUUCCGGCCAAUCUUGUACAUUCCGAAAGAAAGAGGGAAACGCGGGCGCGCGCAUCCUCAACCGAUGCUGUUGCUGACUCAUCGCUGUUUGCAAGGAUGGGAAAGAAAUCGACGGUCGCUCGCGCACAUGAUUACUUUUUCUGUUGACCAUGUUUUGCCGCAAAAUGAGUCAUCUGAUGGAAAAGAGGGACGGGGGAAGAAAUAUGCACUCUGGGAACUGACUUUGAGGCACAACAAUACUAAAAAAACAAAAGAUUUGUUUCAGAAGCGCAUCAAGCGAUAGAGCUGCUUGAGGAUUACCAUCAGACACUCAGCAGACAAUCUGAGGAAGAGCUACGGAACAAUAUCGAGCGACUCAUUAGCACUUUCAAAUCGCAGUUGGUGCACACUUUGCUUGGUAAGGAAUCAACGAAAUUGUUCCGAAUUGUAACUCUGAAACUUUAGAUAUUCAUGACUUGUACGAGCAAACCCUGCUCAGCAACAAGAGCUACUCUACUAAGAAUAUCGAAGUGAAGCGUUUGAUCGACAGAUUGGAUUCUUAUCCACUCUUCAACCGCGCAGCGACCACGACUUCAACAUCGAACUAUAACCUUUCGAGCACCGCUCCACUUGUCUCAGACGUAAGUACAUUUUCAGCUGAUUUCGACACAAAUGGAGUGAUUUCAGAUCAGAGACCGCGGCGGUUUCUCUUAUUUGGAUGGAGGACUCGGAAACGGAAUCACCUCCUCUCCGUUCAACCUCUCGAGCAGUUAUCUGCACGAACGCCAACGUCAGACCAGUCAUGAUGGGACCUGGAAGGAAGUGACCACUCGCACCGUCGACACACCGAGCGGACUCGAGAGACAAACCGUUGAGGUAGCUCUAUUCAUCCUCAUUUCACACUCAAUUUAUUUUCCAGCAUAACGGAGUUAUCGAUGAGUACGGCCGUAAAUGGGAGAUCGAGGAAGUGGUUCUAGAGAAAGGUCACACCGGCCUUGGAUUCUCGAUCACUGGAGGUAUGCGCGCUGAACCGAUAAUCAUGAUGCAAUCCAUCUGAUUUCAGGAAUUGACCAGGCAACGCAGGAUGGAGAUACUGCCAUCUGCGUCACGAAAAUCAUUGAAGGAGGAGCGGCACUUGCCGACGGGCGCAUGAAGUACGCCGUUCGAAACUGGGAGAUGGGAUCUAAUUUGUGCAAUUACAGAAAAGGUGACAUUAUCAUGAGCGUGAACAACACGAACUGCGUUGGCGUCGAGCACGAAGUCGCAGUCAACGCACUCAAGAACUCUGGAAACGUCGUGUCUUUGCGUCUCAAGCGUCAGCGCGAGGAUGCUCCCAUCCCGAUCGGCGGCAAUUUUGGGGGAUCAUCCUCCUAUCUUCGCAGCGGAAUCACACCGUCCGUAAGUGCCGGCAACUUGCAACACGCCAUUCACUCGCCGUCGGCUCCAUUGCAUCCGCCACCGCCGCCGCCAGUUCAUCACGGAUCAUUGAGCCAAUUAUCUGUGGCCCAAUACCGUUCCACACGACCGAACACGCACACCAUCGAUCUGAUUAAGGUUGGUUGCAAACAUUCUGUUCCGAAAAAAAAACGUUCCGCGUUUACAGGGCGAACGGGGACUUGGAUUCUCAAUUGCUGGAGGCCGCGGAAACGAGCAUGUGAAGGAAGACACUGACAUCUAUGUCACCAAGAUCAUUGACGACGGAGCUGCCGAUCUGGAUGGCAGACUCAGAGUCGGUGACAAGAUUCUGGAGGUUGACAACCAUUCCCUCGUCAACGUCACCCACGACAUCGCUGUUGACGUUUUGAAAAAGACUGGAAAUCGUGUUCGUCUUCUCGUCCAGAAGGGAAAUGGACUACCGUUUAGCGAAUCUGCCAGCCAACAGUUUCAGACUACUCCUAUUUUGAGACGUGAGAAACCGCCAACCUCGAUAGAAUAUAUAACUGUUGCAUUUCCAGCGACCUCAGUGCAAGAUUUCAAUCGUCCUUACGGAUCGCAGAGCCAUCUCUCCUAUGGCACUCCACAGAACACGAGCUACAACUCUCAGACCCCUGUCGCCAUCCCACUUGACAAUCGUUCAGUUCAACUCUACAAGGGACAGAACGGACUGGGAUUCAAUAUUGUCGGAGGAGAGGACAAUGAGCCGAUCUACAUCAGUUUUGUCCUUCCAGGAGGAGUUGCCGAUCUCAGUGGAAACGUGAAGACCGGUGAUGUUCUCCUCGAAGUGAACGGAGUCGAUUUGAGAAAUGCUACUCACAAGGAGGCUGCUGAGGCGCUGAGAAACGUCGGAAAUCCUGUGUACCUCACUCUGCAGUACAGACCACAAGAGUACCAGAUCUUCGAGUCAAAGAUCGAGAAGCUGAGAAACGAUGUGAUUGCUCAGUCCAGAAUGGGAACUCUCAGCAGAAAGUCGGAGUACGUCAGAGCUCUCUUUGACUACGAUCCAGCUCGCGAAAACUCUGUCCCACCGCACAGAUCGAUGGGAUUCAACUACGGAGACAUUCUCCACAUCAUCAACUCGUCGGACGAUGAGUGGUGGACCGCUAAAAGAGUGCUUGAUAACGGAGAGGAGACCACAGAAGGAGUUAUUCCGUCGAAAAAACGUGUCGAGAAGAGGGAGAGACUCCGCAGAAAGCAGGUCAACUUCAACGCCGGAUCCCAAUCGCUGGGCCGUAACUCCAACUCCACUGGACUGGAACAUCGUCGCGGAAGCCGCAGUCAGCUCUCCUUCUCCAGAAAAUUCCCAUUCGUGAAGAGUACCGACAGACUCAACGAUCUGGCAGCCGAUGAGAACGCCAGCGUUGCUGAAGAGCCGGUAUUCUCGUACCAGGCUGUCGAGCAACAACAGAUCAACUAUGUCCGCCCGGUCAUUAUUCUCGGAGCGCUCAAGGACAGAAUCAACGACGAGCUCGUCAACCGUGACCCACAGAGAUUCAGCAGCUGCGUGCCACGUAAGUCGAAAUAAAAAUUUCAGUAAAAUAACAUUUCUGUUUCAGACACUUCUCGCCCACCACGAGAGAAUGAGGUUCAUGGACGUGAUUACUACUUCGUUAACAAACUGAACAUGGAGGAGGACGUCAAGAACAAUUUGUUCAUCGAGGCCGGACAAUUCCAGAACAACCUCUACGGAACGAGCAUUCAGAGCGUGCGUGAUGUCGCCAACACGGGACGCCACUGCAUUUUGGACGUCAGCGGAAACGCCAUCCGCAGACUUCAGACCAAUGCAAACAUCCAGCCGAUUUCAAUCUUCAUCAAACUCAACUCUCCAAAGCAGAUCCAGUGCGUAAAAGUUUUUCUGCAGCUCUUGUUUCUAACUUCCUAUUUUUCAGAGACCUGGACAGCCAACUCGUCUCCUCGAGACACGACGAUCGGCCGAUGACUGAGGACGACGCACAGGCUCAGUUCUCAAGAUGCCAGAGAAUCGAACAAACAUUCGGAGACCUGUUCACUCGUGAGUUUCAAUUCCCCUUCAACCUUUAACCGACAAAAAUGAUCAUGUUUCAGAUGAGAUUUCGAAUGUCCACAGCGCCAAUGAAGUCCUGAACAGAGUGUACGGCCUGAUUGCCAAGGAGUCGCAGAACACGAUCUGGGUGCCGCGCCACUAA